AUGAAGAGUGCAGCAAAAAAUGCUGAUAGCAGCAACGAACUAACUCCUACAGAGGAGAUACCCGGAUACACCUCAAAUGACUCUGGUUUCGCAUCUGAUGAAGAAUACUCCGAAUAUGGCACAACGCCAGACCAUGAUGGUAGGAAAGAAGUAUCGAGCUUAAAAGCCCAUGAUAUUACACCAUGGUGGCAUAGCCAACAAUCGACCAUGUCAGGAGCAUCUACAACGCCUGAAGAGUACAAUAACUAUGGCAUCACACCUGAGUCUAUUUCACCACCUACAAGCCGACAUGUACGAUUUAAUAGUAGAAUACACCUCUAUAGACCGCAUACAGCUUCUUCUGCGGCCUCAUCUAUUUCUGGAUCGCUUAGAUCGACAUCAUCGGUUGUGUCCCCAUAUAACGCAAAUCGGCGGCAUAGUUUGAUGCCAAUCAUGCAAAUAAAGCAAGCGAGAAUUAAUGAAAGAUCAAGAUUGAUGGGUGCUGAUAAUAGCAAGAACGACGACGAUAUUGAUGUCUUAUAUGGAAAAUUUCCGAAACGCCUACUCAAUUGGGAGUAUAUAAGGUCGAUAAUAUGCGGUAAUUGUUGUGAUAGUCUAAAUUACAAUGAUGAAGAUGACGUAUGA